GUUAAUGCACUGGAAGGAAAAGAUUGCAAAGAAUCUGUCAAGAUGAUUGCAGAAAGCACUGAUCUCUCAGAAGAGCAGCUUGCUUUCCUCAUUUCUGGCAUGUAUACCCUUCUCCGAGAAGCACUGAGACUCCCCUUAUCAACCUUCAAACAAGAAGUUUUUAAGGAAGACCUAAAGGAUCUCAGGAUACCAGAAGAUUUCAUCAUGGACUUUUCCAGUAUAGUCUUUGGUAACAGGCGUCCUGCUUCCGAAGGCACAACUCUGCUACAAGGAAGUAGGCUGCCAAGUGUCCAGGACUUCAGGUGGAGAGUGGACGUAGCUAUAUCCACAAGUUCACUGGCCCGUGCACUUCAACCAUCCAUUCUAAUGAUGAUGAAGCUUUCAGAUGGGACAGCUCAUCGCUUUGAAGUGCCAGUUGCAAAGUUUCAAGAACUGAGAUAUAAUGUUGCCCUUAUACUGAAGGAAAUGAAUGAUGUGGAGAAAAGGAGCAUACUGAAGAUUCAGGACUGAACUCUUACAAAUGGGGAGUUUAUAGAACAGAUCUGAAACCCUCAGCGUGUUUUGUGAAUGGCAAAGCAGGGGGCCACCCCCACUUUGCCUGUCUGAACUGCCACCUAGCAUUUAUGAUAUCUGCUCUAAAUAUUUUUUCAAUUCCAGUCUUAAAAGCACAAGCUCUUUUCAUAAGACUUAGGAAAAACAAAAAAUAUACCUAUGAAAAAGUAUAAUGCUGUUUGUGAGCGUUUUGCAUGACUCAUCAAAACAUUUUUUAAAUAACUGUCUCAAUAGAUGUAAAUCAUUUAUUUCUGAUUGUGAUUCACCACUCAAUUAUUUUUGAAAGCCUGCUACUGCAAGCCUCAUCAAUGUGUAUCAUAAGAAAGCUCUGCA